GGCCGCGGGGCCGCCGGGAGCCCGGAGCUGCGGGCCCGGAACCGCCAUGGCCGGCAGCGGCAGCGGGCCCGCGCUGGAAACCAUCCAGGCGGAUGGGACAGACGGGAACUGUGUCACAUUUGUGCUGCACGACGAGGAUCACACCCUGGGCAACUCCCUGCGCUACAUGGUCAUGAAGAACCCUGACGUGGAGUUCUGUGGCUACUGCAUCACACACCCCUCAGAAAGCAAGAUCAACUUCAGGAUCCAGACCAGAGGGGCCCUUCCUGCUGUGGAGCCAUUCCGGAAAGGACUGAAUGACCUGAUGGGUGUUUGCCAACAUGUGCUCAACACCUUUGAGAGGAGCAUGAAGGAGUUCAGGGCACAGAAGGAGGAGGAGAUGCAGUAGCCUUUGGGAAUGGCAUGGAUGUAACCUCUGUGUUGAAUUCCCUGUGUCCAAAAUAGGUCUUUUUUGUUGUUCUUUUUUUUUUUUAUGACUUUCCUGCAAAAUGUAUUUUCUUUAAUAAUAAAGUUUAUUAAUUUA